GCGUCCCCGCGCCCCUCGCCAGCUGAUGUCGUCCUAGGCAUACAUAUAGGAGGUGCUGACGAUGGCACUGCUCAUAUAUAAGUAAUAGAGAUAGACAUGUAUGAAAAGGGUCUUUUGUUUUCAAGUAGUGUGUAGUUGUUGUUACUUUUAACAGCUGAUGCAAUCUGGAUGAGUCACCUAUGAAUGUCAUACUGGAAUCUGUUGCGCUUUUGUUGAUCAUUAUUAUUUUGCAAUCCAGGCUAGGGGAUUGAAGAAGCACUUGAAGAGGCUCAAUGUGCCCAAGCAUUGGAUGCUCGACAAGCUUGGCGGAGCUUUUGUAAGUAAACAAUAUUUUCUAGCUUUUAUAAGGUAUCCUUGCCAAAUUUAAGUUCCAUUCUGGUUGAAGCUUCUUUACUUCCUUGUCAUGAAAGAGAUCAUUUCCACCCUUGCUACAGAUUGUCAACUCGGUUGUGAUGAAUCUUGUUGUUGAAGAUGGUUGCCACAUCCAAGGUUCUGUUGUAUGUAAUAAUGUUCAGCUGCAAGAACGAGCGGUUAUUGAGAGAUUGCCAGAUGUGGUAUUUGAAGAAGGGAAACCUUGGGACUGGGACAGUUCAAAGUGCAGCAUAGAUCAACAGGAGACUGACACUUUUAUUGUUCACUAUGAUCUAACUGACCAAAACAUGGUAACAACUGGGGAUGAUAGUAACCCAACACUGUCAGAUCAAAGUAUAGGAGGAGAAAAUUCAGUUGGCCAAAGCAGUGGAACAGGACAAGCUAAUGAAUCUGCUUCUCCAUACACUCCAAUAUCAAGUAUGAUGCAAAAUCAAGGGAUGGGAACUCCAUCUGUUCAACAAUCAGAGAGCUCAGGGUCAGGACCAUACAGGUUCAGAACAUUGACUGAUUUGUUUGAUGCAACUGAACAAGUGCAUGACUUUGAGUACAGUGGAGUGUGCAUGCUGGCAGCUGAUGAACCUGCAUGUGUGGAACAGGCUCUUUCACAGGACUGCUUGAAAAGAGCUAUGGAGGUUGAACUGAAGUCAAUUCAAGAAAAUCAGACCUGGGAGAUUGCUGAUCUGCCAAGGGAUCACAAGGCUAUAGGACUCAAAUGGGUUUUCAAAGUAAAGAGGGAUCCAACAUUAGUGCAAACAGUUGUAUUUUAGUUUAGAUUUAGAGUACACUUAUGUAUGAGUUGUUUGACAAUGUUUAUUUAUGAGAUAUU